UAUAUAUAUAUAUAUAUUAUCAUAAGUAGGCUUUGUGGACUUGAGAUUUGUGGUGUAAAUAGUUGAUAUCUGAAGAGUGGUUAAUAAUGGAUUUGAAACUCUUUGAUGCAAAAUCAAGUUUGAUUGGUCCAAAAGGGAUGAUGUUAAACCCUUUCUCCACCUCCAACUUCAUGGCUGCUUCUAUCUCUUCUUACAAAGGUACCUGUGCUUGUUUAAGCACUUCACAGGGUGCUGUUACUUUGGUUGGGCAAGAAAAAUAUGAAGUGGAAACUUGUUCAUAUAGAUAUGAUGGUUCAAAUGGCACAAGUCCGAGUAUUUUCUGUACAGAAAAACGAGUUCUUGAUGCAUUCGAUGAUGAGUAUGGCGGAGUUAUUGUUAAUCCAGAUAAACUACCCUUUGACACCAAUGUCUUUGCCUCUAUCCUUAGCUCAUCUCUUUCAGUUUGGAGGACAAAGGGCAAGAAGGGAAUUUGGCUAAAGUUGCCACUAGAAAAAUGUGAUCUUGUUCCUAUAGCAGUAAGGGAAGGGUUUCAGUACCAUCAUGCAGAAACAGGAUACGUUAUGAUGACGUAUUGGAUUCCUAACGGACCGUGUAUGCUACCUGCCAACGCUUCCCAUCAAGUAGGAGUCGGGGGUUUUGUGCUGAACGAUAAAAAUGAGGUUCUUGUGGUUCAAGAGAAACAUUGUGCACCUGAGCUUGUUGGCCUUUGGAAGCUACCAACUGGGUUCAUUCUUGAGUCAGAGGAGAUUUUCACCGGAGCUGUAAGAGAAGUAAAAGAGGAAACUGGGAUAGAUACUGAAUUUUUGGAAGUUAUAGCUUUCCGGCAUGCACACAAUGUGGCUUUUGAGAAAUCAGAUUUGUUCUUCAUCUGUAUGCUUAGACCAAUUUCAAGUCAGAUCAAUAUCGAUGAUCUUGAAGUUCAAGCAUCCAAGUGGAUGCCAUUAAUGGAGUUUGUAGAACAACCAUUGAUCAAAGGCGAUAAGAUGUUCAAGAAAAUCAUAGACAUGUGCAUCGCAAGGAUCGGGAAGCGCUACUGUGGAUUAUCCGUUCAUAAAGUUGUUUCAAAAUUCGACAACAGACUAUCGUCCUUGUAUUAUAAUGUCGUUGAUGAUCCAACAAGUCUUGAUUGUCCCGAUGAUUCUUGCUUCGGUUCCUAUACCUGAACAAGUUACCAACUUCGUUGCACGUAAAGAUGCCGAUGCCGAUGCCGAUGCCCGUGUGUGUACUUGAAUGCAUACAAGAUGUAAAGUAGAGAGACUGUAUAUACAACCAUAAAUGUAUACAUAAUUAAUUGCGUUUUCAGUUGUAUGUUAAAAGUUAUAGUCA